UAAUUUCCCUAAGAAAUUAAUUAUUCUUAUUUCCAUUUAAAGCUUUAGCUUCUACCUCUUGUUAGCGUGUGUUUUUUCUUUCUUUCUUCAUAAAGGAAUUGCUUUUAACAAACCCAACUUUUAGUACAAACUUUUACAUACUUACAUAUUGUAUGCCCCAUACUCACCAUGUUUCUCUAAUCAAAUUCAUUCAUUGUUUAUUAUAAUAGUAGGUUCUUUUGUUCUACCAUACUUAAAACGCUAUAAUUUCUCUCCUUUUUAUUGUUUUGGUAGGAAUAAUUUCUUUUCCUUUUAUCAUGGCUGAUGAUAAUUAUAAAAAUUCAUCAUCACUCCAUUCCGACGAUGAUUUUAUCUCCGAGUUAACACAUCAAAUGUCUCGUUUCAUGCUUCAAGAAGACGAUGAUCACAACUCAUUCCAUUUCUCAACUAAUCCGGAGCCAUGGGAGUUAACGAGUUCACCUGAUUCAACUCUCUGGUCACCGGUGAGUUGUAACCAAGGUAGCUCAGAAGGGUCAUCUCAAGAACCAUCACCACCAGCUACACCAUGUUGGAAAACAACAACCUAUGAAGAAAGAGCAAUUUCCAAACACAAUAUUGAUCAUGGAGUACUUUAUUCACACAAAGCAUUGAUUCAAGAACAAAUUAAAGCCAUUGAAGUAAAACAACAUUACAUUAAUGACAUCAAGAAACAACAUCAACAACAUGCUCUGUCUCCAAAGCAAAAUGAAGAGAAACAAGAGAUUGAUAAGAAGAAAGGUAAUGGAAGGAACAGGGUUCUUCCUCGUCUACCAAGGCCAACUCCAUUGCAGAUCGGUGGUGGUGGUGGUGGUGGAUGUAUGAGGGCGGUUUUUAUUGGUGGUUCUGGUUCAAGAAAUGGGACAGGUGUUUUCUUACCUCGUGGUGGAACCGUAGUUGCUCCAUCAGAAUUAACAAAAAAGAAGCAAGGAAAAGGUUGCUCCACUGUCCUUAUACCAGCCAGAGUUGUGCAGGCUUUGCAACUACACUUUGACAAAACAGCUGCAAUGUCUAGAGGACCCAAAGUUGUUGACUUCCCUCCACUUAGAGAUCUUGUUUUGAGCAAUAGGGAAAGCAUGUAUUCAGUUGAUGAGAAUCAACAGUCAACAAAAUCGCCAAAUGAUGUUCAGAAUGAUAUGAUUCUGCCAAAUGAAUGGACAUAUUGAAUUCAAUUACUGCAGAUCCACAUGCAUUUGCAACUUGUCCUUUAACACACUUACACACACACACACACACAUGUGAGUAUGUGACAUGAUUAAUAAUCAUAAUCAUCAUUUCAUUAUUAUAACAGUAAUGAUAAUGAUGAUGAUGAUGAUAAUAAUAACUUUGUUUUGGUUAAACUUUUUACCAAACUGAUGAAAUAAACAAAUAAGGAAAAAAAUGACUAAUAAACCAUAAAAAGGAACUCCCUAGCUAACAGAUUAGAUCCAUGAAUAUGCAUAGGGAAUCUUUUUUAAGUCACAAUCAGUGUGACAAAUAUGUAUCUUGUUUUGUAAUUUGCUUCUUCAUUAAGUUGUGUUUUUUUUAUGAAUAUAUUUUAUAUAUAAAAAAGUUUGCGUAGCACGUACUCAUGUAUUGAGUUGUGACAAGGAUGCACAGAAAUAAAAUAAGGUAUGAAAUCUAGUAGUUUCUUGUAUUAAUUGCUAAGCAAAUUAAGUAUACUAGUACUAAAGUAUUGAAUGACUUUAGAGGAUGUAUUUUAAAAUCCUUUGUAAUGAUUUAGCUUGAGCAAUGAAAUAAUUGUUGUGUGUUA